UUGCAUUGAGAGCAAACACCGGAUAAGAGAAAAGGAAGAUCAAUUUCGCGAGAGGAGUGUUUGUGGACGAGCGUCGGGACUGUUAUGUAGAAGCUGUCACGGCCGCCUGCAGGAGGAGGAUGGAUGCGUAACAGGACGGAUCGAGCCAGCUGUGGCCUGCUUCUUACAGCAACAUCUGGCCGUCCUCCUGCAGGGUCAGAGAGGGCGCCUUAGCAGCCAGCCGGUUCUGGACGAUCGCGGGGAGGAGGUGGAGGAAGAGAUGGAGAUGGAGGAGGGGGAUGCAGAGGGGGAAGGGCCCAUGGCGGUCAGAGAGGGGCCGAGCGGUCACGGCCUCCAGCGGGACAACAACAGCAGCACGACAACGACAACAACCACCAACCUCCUGGCUUCUGUCAAAGAACAGGAGCUGCAGUUUGAGCGGCUGACUCGGGAGCUGGAGGAGGAGCGGCAGAUUGUGGCCAGCCAGCUGGAGAGGUGCAUGCUGGGAGCUGAGUCGCCAGGAGGAGAUAGUAGCAGCUCGUCUGAGAAGUCGUUUGCAUGGAGAACUGCAGGUGGAGAUUUGCAGGGCGGAGCCAUGGAGGCGUCCGGUCGUCACCUGGAGGCGGAGGAGGGACUCUUCAUGCCUGAACCGGACCGCGCCUCCCUGCAUGACAGUGAGGGUUCUGGAGGUCUCUCGGCUCAGAUGACCUCCUAUUCAGACAGCGGCUACCAGGACAGCAGCGUUAGUUACUACAGCAACCAGAACGUGGUGCGUUCGGAGCCCCGAGCAUCGAUAUCCAGGAGCCCGAGAGCUGAAGGUCAAGCCUCUGGGCAGGUGUCUGGUCGGAUGUUGCGCAGGAUGGCCUCCCUCCCCUCCAGGAGUCAGUCUCCCGGUUGCGGCACUGCUGGCACUGUCUCGCCCUCCCGCAUCUCCCUGCGAACAUCCCAAGGCAGCAACUAUGACUCGCCCAUCCUCUCUGAGCCGAAACCUCUUCCCGCCAUAUUCCCCGGCACCUCCAUGCCGCCGUCUUGCCCUUCGCCGACCUCCCCGACUGACGGCACGCAGGCCCUGGGCGGUGGUGGAGGAAAUGGUGGACUAGGAGGAAUUAUAGGAGGAGGUCGUCUCGGCUCCACUCUCUCUCUGGUGGAGGGGCGGGGUUUGACGGGGUCACCGCUGCGUUCGGGGAUGACGGCCGUCCCGCAGCACUACGGCUCCACGCUGCCGAGGCAGAGUCAGCCACUGGCGUACGGAGCAGAUCCAUACGGCCUAUAUCAGAGGAGCGCACUGCCCCGCCCGGACUCCCUCAUAGGGCUUCACAGCUCGUACGCCGGUCACUCCGGGCAGAUCGAUCCCGAGCUGCGGGCAGCGUUGUCUCCGGACAGCCACAUGACGCCCGUUUUUGAUGAACGCUCCUUCCACAGCCCGCUGUACCACAGCCCCACACACGAACCCCAGGGAGCCCUCUACAGGCCAAACACUGGUAUGGGCACCCUCCCUCGGGCUACGAGCCACUGCAGCACGCUGCCCUACCAAAGAAGCAGCAGCUACGGACUGAGCACUGCAGCUCUCUACGUCGACCCCUACAGGGUCUCAGGCGAGCCCGUUUUCUCCCACCGGCACUCUGGGCUUGUGGAGCGGGUUGGGACGAACCCGUCCAUGGAGAGCAUCCAUAAAGACCCCAGGGAGUUUGCUUGGCGAGACCCCGAGCUGCAGGAGGUCAUCCACAUGCUGCAGCAUCACUUCCCCUCCGUCCAGGCCAACGCCGCCGCCUACCUGCAGCACCUGUGCUACGGAGACAACCGGAUCAAGGUGGAGGUGUGUCACCUCGGAGGGAUCCAGCACCUGGUGGAUCAGCUGGACCACAAGAUGGCCGAGGUUCAGAAGAGCUCCUGUGGGGCCUUGAGGAACCUGGUGUACGGCAAAGCCACCGACAACAACAAGGUGGCGCUGAGGAACUGCGGCGGCGUGCCCGCUCUGCUGCGGCUCCUCAGGAAGACCACCGACAACGAAGUCAGAGAGCUCGUCACAGGCGUCCUGUGGAACCUCUCCUCGUGUGACGCCGUGAAGAUGACCAUCAUCCGCGACGCUCUCUCCACGCUCACCAACACGGUGGUCAUCCCACACUCGGGCUGGAGCAGCGUCUCGCACCGCGACGAACACAAAGUCAAGUUCCAGUCGUCGCUGCUGCUGCGAAACACCACCGGCUGCCUGAGGAACCUGAGCUCAGCCGGGGAGGAGGCGAGGAGUCAGCUGCGUUGCUGUGAAGGUCUGGUCGACUCGCUGCUUCAUGUGCUCAAAGCCUGCGUCAACACCUCCGACUACGACAGCAAGAUCGUGGAGAACAGCGUGUGCACCCUGAGGAACCUCUCGUACCGCCUCGAGGUGGAGAUGCCCUCCUCCCGCCUCCUCGGAAACCAGGAGCUGGACACCCUGCUGGGCUUCUCCUCCCCCGCCAAGGAGCUGGACUACCUCUGCUGGGGCAAGAGGAGGCGGGGCAGGAAGAGGGGCGGCUGGCCCGACGACAAGUGGGACGGUGUCGGGCCAAUCCCAGGUUUCUCUCAGUCUCUGAGGGGGGCAGAGCUGCUGUGGCACCCCCUGGUGGUGAAACCGUACCUCAAUCUGCUGGCCGAGAGCUCCAACCCGGCCACGCUGGAGGGUGCCGCCGGCUCACUGCAAAACCUCUCUGCAGGGAACUGGAAGUUUUCAGCCUACAUCCGAGCGGCGGUGCGUAAAGAGAAAGGUCUGCCCAUCCUGGUGGAGCUGCUGAGGAUGGACAACGAUAGGGUCGUCUGCUCCGUCGCCACCGCUCUCCGAAACAUGUCGCUGGACGGCCGCAACAAGGAGCUGAUAGGAAAGUACGCCAUGCGGGACCUGGUGAACCGGCUCCCCGGCGGCAGCCCCACCGUGCUUUCAGACGACACGGUGGCGUCGGUGUGCUGCACGCUGCACGAGGUCACGAGCCGCAACAUGGAGAACGCCAAAGCUUUAGCAGACAGCGGCGGCAUCGAGAAGCUGGUGGACAUCAGCAAAGGGCGAGGGAAAGGGUACUCGAUGAAGGUGGUGAAAGCUGCCGCUCAGGUGUUGAACACGCUGUGGCAGUACAGAGAGCUGAGGACACUCUACAAACAGUCAGGAAAGAACUGGAGAAGAACCCGGGACGGCUGGAACUACACACACUUUGUCACUCCGGUCUCCACUCUGGAGCGAGACCGCUACCUUUCACAGCCGACACUGCCCACCAGCCCUCUGCAGAUGUCCCCCGUCAUCCAAUCAGGUGAGAGAACCGGUGGAAGUGCGACCUCCUCUCCGGCGAUGCUCGGGAUCAGAAGACACAGCUCCAACUAUCAGAGGGCGCAGUCAUCUAUGCAACUCGACACGUAUUAUGGAGACAACAGUUUACACAAACGGCAGUACACAGGGUCUGAGAAGAAAACUCCGUAUUUCAUUGGGACAUAUUCUUCUCAGUCAGGAGAGGAUUUGAGAAGGUCCCAGCACACAGAGCCAUUUUAUGACGAGCCCGACAGGAAGAACUACAACAGCUACAGAAUGUACCUGUCGUCCCCUCAAGGCUACGGAGACGAGCCCUACGAGGACGAGCCGGUCCACCUCACCCCGCCCUCCCCCGACGGCUACGCCACCCAGUCGCUCCGAUUCAAAGCCAACACCAACUACGUGGACUUCUACUCCACCACGCGGAGGCCUUCAAACAGGGCGAACAAGUUCACCGGCUCCCCCGACUCGUGGGUGUAGAGACAAAGUGGGCGUCGCGUACGUCCAGCUCAGUGUGUUUCUGUGGGUGUUUGUGUGUGUGUGUGUGACAGGAGUGCACUUGUGUGUCUGGGUGUGUGUGUGUG